GAGACAGAGUUGAGACCUGUAUAUACAUACCCACUAGCAUUAGCCAGGAGGGACUACAUAAGGAGGAUACGAAGACAAGUUGAGGCUAUCUUGUAAAGCUCUUGCUAAUGCUUCAUCGUUGUUGUUGUUUGCUGUCGGCCGCCAUCCAUACCCUCCUGCUUUUUGUACAGUAAAAGUUGAGACACAAUCUCUUGAAUGAAAUGCAAAAAGAUGGUGGUUGUAGUAUUACCAUUCGGUGGUCUCCUCAACCCUUCACCCAUGGAAAGUGCAAUUGCACGGUCAAGCUCUUCUUUUUCCCUGUUAGCUCUUGGCCGGCCGACACCGACACCGCCUCCACGGCCGCCCUGUUCAUGGAAUUCCGCUUUGGGAAAAGGAGGAACAUAUAAGUACAGGGGCUAAAAGACGGAUGUCAACUUUUCACAUCACAUGCUCGUAAACUUUUGAUCACGCUAGAUGGGAAGAAAAGAGAAGUAGAAAAAAGGCGUUUCCAUGUUCCUGG